AUGUGUGUGUAUCCCAAUGUUAGUUAUUUAAAAUUUCACUCUCAUGCAGAAGAACUGAAUGAUCGAGAAAUUUCGCUAUUCAUGGAAAAAUUAUCCAAUGUUAUCGAUCUGUCAAAAUUGACUAGUCUCACGUUUGAUUUACACAGUAAUCAUCCGGUGAGUAGAUCCGUGACAGCUCUAUAUUUAUGUAAUAUUGGCUCGGUUAAUAUUAAAUUGUUAACAAUAUUAGCAGAUAUAUUUGUGAGAAUUGACUGUCUAUGGCUUCAUUUUGCUAGACUCGACGAUAUGUAUAUUAUUCUGUCGUUAUUGUUGAGAAGAAUGAGAGAACACCUGAAAGUGUCACGUAUUGAUGAUAUCAGUAAUCAGUUACAGUUGAAAGCAUUCAAUAUUUGGCUAAACGAUUAUAUUCAUCUAAGUGGUUUAGAAACAGAUUUUGAGACUGACGUACAAGAUUACAUCACACUCAGAAUGGCAAUUGGAGAACCAGACAAUGGUAUAUUUGACUGA